AGAUGCCUUUAGGUCGUCAGCCAGUUAGGAUCACAACUGUUGAAAUUUCUCUAAGUACUCCAGUACAAAUUGCAUCAAAGUUAUUUUAACAGUCUGAAAUCUACAACGCAAAAAACUCGCAUCUACUUGAAAUUCACUGGUUAUUUUCCAUUCGACUUUGGUUAAUCAACAAGCACAACAACAUGCCACAUGCUUAUUUGUAUGCCUGUCCUCGACUAUUUCAUUUGUAGAUAAGCAACCUAGUUUAGUGGAACAAGUGGGUAGUGAAGAGGAACGUGUAACAAGCAGUCUGAUAGAAAUACAGGGUGCUACACAUGAUCAAAUUAUGGCAGAGAGUCUGUUUUUCAGCUAUACUUCAUUUAAACUUAAUUCGAAGUUAGUUCUUAAGCUGCAAAUCUAUCCAAUGUGUUGCAAGCCGAACCGAACCGAACUGAGAGUCGUGUGUGACACAACGAUGAGCGUAAUUUUGUUUUAGUGUUGGUAAUUUGCACAGAAAUCACUAACACACUCAUACAAACUGUGGCUCUCUUGUUCUAUUCCCGAAGUGACGAGUAGCUCAACAAUUUAUUUUCUAUAUAUGAGACAAUCUCUGAGCUUGAACAUGUGCAUGUAUUGAUAAUAACAUGGAAUUCACUAACACUAUCAAACCAGGCACUGCUCUCUGUGCUCAAAAUGUGCUUUGGUAUUGCAAAUUGUAUGACAGUCACUAAUACUACUACAUAAGUGGAUGCUCUCUCAGCUUUUUCGGCUCUCUGUUUAUGUUUUGAUUCAGUCUGACAUUUUCAGCUGCAGCUUAAAGAACAGUUUUCUGGUUAAUACACCUUAAUAACAAAGUUUGACAUUCAAUAUCAUUUGUCAUUUAAAACACUUUAGCAAUUUCACAAGAAAUAUGAAAAAUUGGAAUUAAAAUUGAUAUAAAAAUAAAUGUAAUACGAGUAGCUACUGGUAAUUAUUAUUGUUACGUGAAUGUGGUUUUAUUAUGCUGUAAAUGUGUACAUAUUUAUGCCGACAUACGUACAUAAAUAAGAAACAAGUGCAAAUCUAUAUUUGUUAUACUGAUAUACGUAUGCCAGAUAAGUCCGCACUUGACAACUUUCGCUAGAUCUCUCGUUCCCGCUCUCUCCCUCACGCUCUUACUCACACUAUCUGCCUCUCGCGCGUACUUACUUUUUAUGGCAUCUAGCCAAGCUGUGGGCUGAACGUAUAAAAGGCCUCGCCUCUGCACAGUUGCCAUUCAGUCUGAUCAAACAACUAAGCAACUAAACAUUCAAGUUUUUCGAUUCCACGCGAAAGUCACAUAGAAAUCAAAAUGCGCCUGGGACAAACUAUACCAAACUUUAUGGCGGAGACCACCAAGGGACCCAUUUUCUUCCACGACUGGCAGGGAGACUCCUGGGUUGUGCUCUUCUCUCAUCCGUCCGAUUUUACGCCCGUUUGCACGACGGAAUUGGGCCGCAUUGCCGUACAUCAGCCGGAGUUUGAGAAGAGGAACACAAAGUGCUUGGCGCACUCUGUGGAUCCGCUGGACUCGCAUGUGGAUUGGGUGAAUGACAUCAAGUCAUAUUGCCUGGAUAUUCCCGGCGAGUUUCCGUAUCCCAUUAUUGCUGAUCCCACACGCGAUCUGGCCGUCUCCCUUGGCAUGCUGGAUGAGGACCAGAAGAAGGAUCCCGAGGUGGCCAAAACAAUUCGUGCGCUCUUCAUCAUUAGCCCCGAUCACAAGGUGCGCCUCUCCAUGUUCUAUCCCAUGUCCACGGGACGCAAUGUCGAUGAAAUCCUGCGCACCAUUGACUCACUGCAGCUGACCGAUCGAUUGAAGGUGGUUGCCACGCCUGCCAACUGGACUCCCGGUACCAAGGUCAUGAUCUUGCCCUGCGUCACCGAUGCGGAAGCCCACAAGAUUUUCCCCAAGGGCUUCGACAAGGUCACCAUGCCAUCGGGCGUUAAUUAUGUCCGCACCACGGAGAACUAUUGAAAAUUGUCUUCCAACUUUUGGGCCAACUGCAAAUGCAAUUAUUUUUAUUAUACUCAUAUUUUAAUUAUGUUUUCUUAGUUUGUAGUAAUAAAUUAUAAAUAACUUUUAUUCAAA